GGUGCUCAAACAGCAAAUCGCCGCAUACAAGGUUCUUUGUCCCAGAAGCCCAUUGUAUAGAGCCGAGGAAACCCUGUGCCGUAAGCAGCCAUCUUGAGCCAGGAUAACCUGCAAACCUGUUCUGAACAGCUUCAAAACAACUAAAGAUUCCAGUACUGAGCCACCAUGGCCACUGCACCAUAUAACUACUCCUACAUUUUCAAAUACAUCAUCAUCGGGGACAUGGGGGUAGGAAAGUCCUGUUUGCUUCAUCAGUUCACAGAAAAGAAAUUUAUGGCAGACUGCCCUCAUACAAUCGGUGUGGAGUUUGGUACGAGGAUAAUCGAGGUGAGCGGACAAAAAAUCAAGCUGCAAAUCUGGGACACAGCAGGACAGGAGCGCUUCAGGGCAGUCACCCGCUCCUACUACCGCGGGGCCGCAGGGGCACUUAUGGUCUACGACAUUACCAGGCGAAGCACUUACAACCACCUGAGCAGCUGGCUCACUGAUGCCAGAAACCUCACUAACCCCAAUACUGUCAUCAUUCUCAUAGGAAACAAAGCGGACUUGGAGGCCCAGAGGGAUGUCACAUAUGAGGAAGCAAAGCAAUUUGCUGAAGAGAACGGUUUAUUGUUUCUGGAAGCCAGUGCAAAAACAGGUGAAAAUGUUGAGGACGCCUUCCUCGAAGCUGCUAAGAAAAUCUACCAGAAUAUCCAAGAUGGCAGCCUGGACCUAAACGCCGCCGAGUCAGGGGUGCAGCACAAGCCCUCAGCACCUCAGGGCGGUCGACUAACCAGUGAACCCCAGCCUCAGAGGGAAGGUUGCGGCUGCUAAUGACCAAGCAACCCCCCCCCCCCCCCCCCCCCCCCGCGCCUUUCCUCCUUUCUGUUCUGGCUGGGCUCCCUCCCUCAAGCAAACCCCUUCUUUCCAUCCAUUCCAACGCUUUCGUACGUUCAUCCCUCACUGUUUCAGGAGCUGCAUGAGAGCUGGGCUGGGGAGGAAAAGAAGGGCAAACAUCGACUUAAGCCAGACUGAGCUGGGCUACGUGGACUACAUCUCUCCCUCUGUCUAUCUCUGUCUCACUUCCCUCCCAUCUGUGUCUGGCAACGUUCAGCCUAACCCCCCCCCACCAGUAGGAGUGUAGAUGGCACCAGGAGUCUCACUGAUCACUGACACCUUAGUGUUCAGCUGAUAGUGGUGAAAUGCGCACACUGCAGAAGUUUCACAUGCCCCUUGUCAGUUUUGUAUAAAUUAAAUCUGAAAUUUAAACCCCAAACUCUUCAAAUGCACGUUUUAUGAUUUUUUUUACUUUAUGCAAAUAGGUUUACUUUUCAGUGAGGGAAGAAGGUAAGAGAGAUAUAUUUAUUAAGCAGACACACACAAAAGAAAUUCAGACAGAAAUUCCUGGCAAAGUGUUAAGUUAUAAAAUCCCUGCAUUGUUUUUCUUUUGGGGUGUUUGAUUUAAGUCGGCAUUAGAUUUCAUUUUAAGUCAUUGACUUGCUCAGCUUUCCCUAAUGCAUCAAACCUUCAAAACUCUCCCAUCACUGUCAACACGUCUUAACCAGCAUCUGUUAUUGUUGCCUUAUCGGAACACUUUGUUUUGUUUUUUUUAUGCUACCACCGGCUUCACACAGAAUCAAUAAAUUAGCUCUUACAUUUUG